UUUAUUUUAACUUCUUUUAUGUCUGUUGUUACAAUAUAUUGUGAUACUGGUAAUAAAACUGCGCGAGUUUUCAAUUACUGUUCUCAUCCCGACUGUUCUUUAAAAAACCAGCACACGUUGUGUGUUGCCAAGGAUAAACAUAGUCCAAGAUUGUUUGCAUCGGGAAUGACAACGUGGAUGAAAUAUCAAAUUCUGCAACUACACAAUCGACAUCGAGAUAAUAUAGCACUGGGGCUUGAGGCAGGUCAACCACCAGCUGCUAAUAUGCGUAAAAUGUAUUGGGAUUACGAACUCGAAGAAAUAGCCGAGAUAUGGGCUCGGCAAUGUCAAAAAAGACACGAUGAAUGUAGGAAUACGAUACGUUUUAAUGUUAUACAAAAUAUGGACGUACGACCAAUACUGCCUCGGGUGACCGUUGCACAGAUAUUAGCAGAUGCUGUAGGUGCGUGGUUUUCGGGUUCUAGAACUCUUCCUCCGGAAUAUGUUUGGUCUUUCAAACCAAGUAACUGCAGUGCUUCUGGUGGAUGUAACGCUCAUUGGUAUUCCGCUGCAGCUUGGGCGUCCACUUGGCGAAUAGGUUGUUCGCAAGCUAUAUGUACAGUUAAACAAAGUUCUUGCGUCUUAUUUAGAAAGAAAAGGACACCACGACCCCAUAUGAAUAAUUCGAUGAAAAACUUCACGGAAAGUACUAAAAAAGAAAAUUUAUUACGAAGAACGAAAUACAUGACAUUACCCCAAUCGUCUCGACUAGAAGACUAUGCAACAACGAUUAAAAACAGUAACCAUGAAUCCCCUUUGUAUCGCGGUAAGUUGAAUUCGUUCGACAAAGAAAGUAAGAAAAAAGAACCGAAUAUUAUGGCGUACAUAUUCUGUAAUUACGGACCCGCUGGCAAUAUUGACGGAUUUCCAAUAUACGAACCCGGAGCGACUUGUAGUAACUGUCCAUACGGAACCAGAUGUGGUGUUGGAGCUCAUAGAGGAUUGUGUGCCCUUUUAAGUGAUCCCGAAGAUAUAUCGAAAUAA